AGAAACCGAAGGGCAUCCGAAUUUCCGAAACAGUGAUACGAAUUUACGAACUGCAGACAGUGGAUGUUCAUCACAAUCCGUCAAUCGUUCACAGUGUUGUAACUAAGUUAUUUUAAUUCGUUUAAAAGUAACGACAGCCUCCACAGGUAUGGAGAGGUUGUCGCUACAUGGGAAAUCUUCAGGUGAAUCGUUUCAACAGUCUGCGGAAGACGAUCUAAUAAUAAGUAAUGCUCUCGACACAGACGAUGGAGACUCCUGUGUUCAUGAGGAGGACCAUGGGGAGGAGCACUGGCAGGACGUCGAUGAUGGCGAGACGUCCGGCUCGCACGCGAUAGCCCCGCUCGGAAUGAUGGGGAGGACACGAAAUGGCUUCGCGAAAAAUAAGAUGCCGAUGCGUGUCGAAAAAGUAUUCAGUAUCUUGGACUGUGAUGAAGAGACCGGCUUCAGAAGGCGAGCACGAUCGCUGACCGGCCCUAGUCCUGUCUACAAUUUCGGACCAAAAGCUCGGACGAUGAAGAACUCAGCAGGGCUUAUGUCGAUACAGGAUCCGGCAAGCCUGCGACUGACGUGGUACAAGACACCAUUCAGCGUGCUUGUCAUCAAGAAGAUCUACGAUGAAGACAUCAUCCGGCCGUUUGUCGAGAUCAUCAGUCACCUAGUGAAGGAGAGGCGCAUGAUGGUGUACGUGGAGGAAGCAAUACUCAAGGACGUAAAACUGAACAGCAACGAGGACUUUGACAGACUGAAGGAUAAAUUGUACACCGUCAGUGAAGGUCAAGAUGACCUCACUGACAAGAUAGACUUCAUCCUGUGCCUCGGGGGCGAUGGAACGUUACUACAUGCUUCUAGCCUAUUUCAGACGAGCGUUCCCCCAGUGCUGGCCUUCCACCUAGGAUCACUCGGCUUUUUGACGAUAUUUGAAUAUGCCGAGAACUUCAAAAGUGUUCUGACUUCUGUGUUGGAAGGAAAUGCCAAGCUAUCGCUGCGCAGUCGCUUGAAGUGCGCGAUCACGAAGGUGGAUUCCGAUCUGUCACGUAUACCUGUGAAGAACCUGCAGGCUUCCCACCAGAAAUCUAUGAUGGUCUUGAAUGAGGUCGUAAUAGAUAGGGGCCCAAGUCCAUAUCUUACCAAUUUAGACCUGUACGUGGAGGGCCGCUACGUGACGUCAGUACAGGGUGAUGGUCUGAUCAUCUCGACGCCGACGGGCAGCACAGCGUACGCGGUGUCGGCCGGAGCGUCGCUAGUACAUCCCAGCGUGCCGGCGAUCAUGAUCACGCCCAUCUGUCCUCACUCGCUCUCAUUCCGACCCAUAGUCCUGCCAGCAGGCGUCGAAAUCAAGGUUAUGGUAUCACCUGAAGCUCGCUCCACAGCCUGGGUCUCGUAUGACGGCAGGAACAGACAUGAGCUGGCACAUGGUGAACUCCUGCGCGUGGCGACCGCCAUCUACCCGGUGCCGUGCAUCUGCCGCGAUGAUCAGAUCAUGGACUGGUUCGACUGCCUCGGCACGUGCAUGCACUGGAACGUGCGCCAUCGCCAGAAGCCCUUCAUCGGCAUCGGCAACGGCAUGACUCCCUCCAGCAGCAGCAACAGCCUCUGCUCGCGAAAUUCCGGCUCCGACACAAACUGCGACAACAGCUACUAGCGGGCGUGCCGGCGCAGAGCGUGGCAACGACUGCUGACAUGCUCAGAGGCUAGCUGAUACCUGCUGUGGCUGCUCUAGUGGGAGGAUGUUGACAUCAGCAACAACGGCUGAUAGUGGCAGUUUGUGACUCACCAUAGCAAUAAAUUUUAGAUAGUGUAGUCUGCAAGAGGAAUGGUACCGUUGGGCUCGCUUAGGGGGUUGGGAAGAGGUAUACAAUUAUCGUAUCUACAAAUAGAGCAAUCGUUGUAUAGCACUGUCAAACAGUGAACGUUCUCGUUGCGUGAUAGUUUACACAAUUGUGUAGCUUGCUUUUAAUGCAGAUGUACACAUUUAUGAUUAUACGUAUGUAUAUAUACAGUUUGUGUUGAAGUGGAGUUAUACGCAAAACAAAUACUUGAAAUCUUUUGCCGGUGCGUUACGCGUAACUGCUAGCUUUCUGGGCAAGCUAUCGAGUGAAUUUUGUUUAUUGGGUGAAAAAUGGCUGGGCAUUAGCUUGAUGCUAAUGCUAAGCGUGGCAACAGUUAUAGAGAAGGACCUCCAUGUAUUAUAUGACUACGUAGUGAUCGGACAGAGCAGUAUAUAGGUUCAGUAUGCACGGAUUAGUGAGUUUUCGCUCUUCGUUUCGCGUAUAAUGGUGCCUCAAGGUAUGAUGUGGUGAAAGAGUUGCAUGGAGACGUGCCGUGUAACCUGUACAUAGCGGGUACUCUCGAAUACUGUUAUAUAGAUUCGGGUUUGUUCACUAGAUUGCUGGUGGUAAUUGUAAGAUAUCGGUUAAAUAGCAUAUUUAAAUAUUACUAUAUGCAUUUAUUUGUUUCAUAAAUCUGUGACGUAUUGGAUAUGAACGUGUGUAUCGUAAACGAGUUAGUAAUUUCUAUCAUUAAAUGAAUCGAGCACAAAUAUAUAUAUAUAUAUAUCAUAUAUAUUGAGCUAGGGGGAUUGAAAGAAUAAGAUAGAAGGGGAAGUGGGAGAGACGGAGAGAGGUGAAUAUUGAGUGAGCAAGCUAAUGAGUAAAAGGGAGAGGCGCAAAAAAGAGAAGGGGGGGCGAUUGGGAAAGUUCCUCAUCAAGCAGUAAACUAGAGAUCGAACAUGAAAAUCAAUGGGUCAUUGGUUCACUAUCAGCUAUUGUUACACACAUGCUCAGGCGGGACCAGUGAGAAACCUGUUAGUAUUUCAUUUGUGACACGUGUUUUUCUUGGUUGAUGAUGAAAGAGCAUUGUGACGCAUGUUCUACUGAUAGAUGCUAAUUUAAGCUAUCUUGUCAACAUUGUCCCCCAAUGACAGGAAUGAGCCCCGAUUUCUUUACUUUCCAACAGAUGACGAAAUACUGUGCAUGAUUACAAUCUCGUGACUAUUGACAUUUUAUCAUCAAGAAAACCAGGAAAUGUUAAUUCCACUAUUGCGUUGCUGGGAAAAUGUAGGUGUAGAGGUACCUUGUGUCUUUCAUUCUAGUUGUAAUAUGAAGUAAAUUGCCAUGUUCACUACUCAGAAUGGAAUAUUAUAGUUGGAAAGUUAUAGUUAGGCUACCGAGGUUAUGGCAUGAAAUGAUUAUUAUAUUCGUUAUUGGCAUGUUUCAUACGAAGAACGUGCAAGAGUGCAAAGAUAUACAGACAAAA